UAAAGUCAAGCAAAACAUUAUCCAAAGGAAAAACGAAAAGUAAAAGCAUGAGAUCAAAUCCACAACUUUUGACCCCUUUAUACUUGCGAUAAUAUAUAGCUGUAGCGCGUGUCUAAAGCUAGCGACGUUGGAUUCCCUCUGCUGCUCCUAGCAAGGUUACAAUAAUCUCGGUUUGGUGCAAUAUCAUAGCAUAGCAGAACUGCACAAGGAAAGGACAGCUCUCUCUGAAGCGCCCAGCACGCGUCACCGGCCGGUAUCAUAUAGUAAAGUGAUAAUUAUAUUCGGAAAUCCACCUCCACGGCAUCGUAACUCAAGCUCCGAGUCGCCCUCAGACAUGGAGGCGGCUCCCGUGACCGCAGCCACGGGGGCUAUAGGCCCCGUCAUGGAGAAGCUCGGCACUCUGCGUCGGCGGCGCAGUGAGUACCAGCUUCGGCGUCGGACCCGGAACGACGUGAAGCUCAUCAGAUCCAAGCUCAAGUCCAUCCACUCAAUCCUUUGGGUGAUAUGGGAGAGGCAGACAGAUCUUGAUGCGGCAGGCAAGGAGCUGAGGAUGGAAGCGUGGCAUCUCGCCGACGACAUCAACGACGCCAUGGACGACUUCAUCCUCAGUUUGAAGCGCAGCAACGAUGGCAAGCGCUUCAUGGAGGAGGACAAGACCCAGCCGAGUCCUUUCCAGGAUCUGAAGAGAAGAGCCGACGACGUGUGUGAGCGGUGCUGCAAGAAGUGGAAGAUGGAGACUUCCCUGACCACCACUAAGACCACAUUCUCGAGCUUAUUUUCAGCAACGAAAACCACCGUCCACGAGUCUGGUCCUGGCAAUCGGCAUCAUCGAGUCGUCGAUCCCUAUGUCCACAAGGACAUUUCAGAGCUUGUGGAGAUGGAAGAACCGAGGGAUACGCUCAUCAAACACCUGGUAGGAGAAGAGGAGAACACACCGGAGCUCAAAAUGGCAGCCAUCCUUGGAGCUGCCGGGAUGGGCAAAACAACUCUUGCCCGCCUCGUGUAUGAAGCGAUUGAAGAUAAGUUCGACGCCCGGGCUUUUGUGUCAAUCACUUCAUGUCACAACAUGACAGAGGUUCUGGCAAGCAUUCUCCGACAAGUAGCAGCUGAUGAUGAUAGUACUGCUGUUUUACUUGGUGGCACUAAGGCAGUGACCGGGGAAUAUCUCAUUGGCAUCAUAUCGAAUUUCCUAAAGGACAAAAGGUACCUGGUUAUAAUUGACGAUAUCUGGAAUUGUGAGGAAUGGGGAACCAUCAAGAAGUCUCUUCCAGAUAAUAAUCUGGGCAGUAGAAUUCUCACGACCAGUCGUGUUAAUGCUAUAACCGACAAGUGGCGUGAUGAUUUUGAUACCUUGGCCCACAAAAUUGGUAAUAGUGGUGAUUGGGAUGGAUCAGCGUUCACUAGUAAAAUGAUUGACAGGAAUGGUAACAUGUUUGGAGAAGGUUUUCAGCUUGGCCACGAUAUUGUGAAAAUGUGUCGUGGUACGCCAUUAGCAGUGGCUUGUCUGGUGUCGGCAUUGGCAAAGGAGCGAGAGCGUCGAGAACAACAAGGGCUGUGUUUACUAGGGACACCAGCUCUGCAAGACGAGAUUUUGAAACAAGUUAAGAGAAUUGGAAUUCAGAAGACCCCAGGUUAUCAACCAUUAGUAGAGAGUUUGGAGCUUGGGUACAACCAUCUUCCUCAUCAUAUGUUGAAGAACUGCUUGUUGUACUGCAGCAUAUACCCUGAAGGUCACCAUUUUUAUAGGGAUGAUUUGGUCAGGCGAUGGAUCGCUGAAGGUUUUGUUUGCACGGAGAAGGCAGCAAAAGAUUACUUUGACGAGCUUGUCAGAAGGGGAUUAUUGUUUAGUGAAUUCCUGAGUGAUGGUUUUUGCAAAUUGCACCCCAUGAUGCGGAAUUACCUUAGAUGGAAGGUGCGACAAGACAAUUUCGUCACUUGCACUUCUGAUGGCGCUCCAUCCUCUCCAGUUGGCCGGCUAUGUAUUGACUACUGGCCGAGCAGUGAUGCAGUGCAGCCUUUGUCACGAAUUGGUUGGCAUCAUAUUCGAUCCCUUGUAGUUCUUGAAGGUGCCAAGAGAGUCCCCUACGAGCGUUUGCAACACCUGCGAGUAUUGGAUGUUCGAUGUCGAUACAAUCAGGUUCUUGAGAAUCAACAUCUCAAGGAUAUGUGUGGACUGCUCCAUCUAAGGCACCUGCUCCUUUGUGGGGAUGGGAUCAUUGAAAUCCCAGCGGACAUAGGGAGGCUGAAGUACUUGGACACUUUGGAAGUGACUGCAACAAAGAUCACAAGAUUACCUGCUGAGAUUGGUGACCUCAAGCAACUGAAGACUCUGGAUGUGAGUGAGAACAGAGAGAUCACAGAGCUACCCAAGGAGAUUGGGAAACUGCAGCAUCUGAAGACGCUGGAUAUGAGUUGCACAGGGAUCAGAGAGCUGCCCAAGGAGAUUGGGAAACUACAGCACUUGGAGACUCUGGACAUUAGUGGCACAUGGAUCAGUGAGCUGCCCAAGGAGAUUGGGAAUCUGCAGCACUUGGUGACUCUGGACGUUAAGGGAACAACAGGGAUAAAAGAGCUGCCUCCUGAGAUCAGCAAUCUCCAGCGGUUGGCGUAUCUGGAUUUGAGUUAUACACAGAUCACAAAGAUGCCUCGGGAUAUUGGAAAACUGCAGCAUUUGGAGACGCUGAACCUGACUUCAACAAAUCUAACAGAACUGCCCCGUGAGAUCAGCAAUCUCAAGUGGUUGGUCUACCUGAAUUUGUAUGGUACAGCGAUCACAAAGGUCCCUCGGGAUAUUGGAAAACUGCAGCAUUUGGAGUAUCUAGAUUUGGGCAACACGAAGGUGAGGAAGAUUCCAAGGGAAAUCGGGGGACUGCAGAAUCUCAAGUAUUUAAAGGAUGACGUCGGCAUGCAACCCAUAGAAGCUGCUCAGCUUCCAAAACUGGAGGGGUUGCCCAAGUGCGUCCGCCAAGCUUGCAAGAAUAGUAAUCUGGUGUCAUCGCUAGCCGGGGAGAUCCUGUCCUUCAUGGCCGGCGUUGAUGGCGGACUAAUCAACCACACCAAGCACAUGCACAUCCCUCAGUGGAUCAAAGAACACUUCAACAAUAUUGGCUUCUUGGAUAUCAGGAUCUGCAAACUAGAGGAGCAGGAUCUCAAGAUUCUUCGGGAGAUGCCCAACCUGCAGUGGCUAAAGCUAAGGUUCGAUGGUGUCCCCAGGAAGCCCAUAGUCAUUGGCCGUGAAGGGUUCUUAGUGCUCUCUAGCCUCACUGUUGACAGCCGAGUCCCACGAGUUGCCUUCCAGGAAGGAGCUAUGCCAAGGCUGGAGUUGCUUGUGCUCGAGUUCCAGUUCUACGGUGGCCCAUCAAAUACAGUCCCCCCUAUGGGUAUCAAGCACCUCGGGAGCCUUCGACAUGUCCAGUUCCAAUGCAAUGAAUGGUAUCAAGGAGACAGCCCCUGCAUCAGGGCGAUCAUUGACGUGGUGAGAAAAGAAGCCCGGCAACAUCCCAACAAUGCUCAGUUUAACUUAUUUGCCGGGGGGCACUUCUGGGUUUUUGAGAGCCUGGAAAUUGAACAGGGUUCUCUCGGAAGCAAUGAAGCUAGCAGCAGUGAGGUGAACCAGGUCGAGGAGAUCCAAGCUUAACUCUCAUCAUCUUUGCCUCGAUAUAUACAAGCAGUGGCAGCUCACCCAUCAUCACGACCUGAACAUUUUGGCAACACGGAGCAGUGUUUCAGACAUCCACGAUGAUUUGCUUGGCAUUUUUUUUAAUCCAAAGGCAUUCACGUCAUCACUUCAUAAGAUGGGAGUGAAAGAAUUUGGGAAAACCCUAUAUGAUAUAUAUGAUAUAUCUAUAUAUAGGGAGAGUAUACUCUGUAGCUAGCUACAAAAUAUGUUAUUCUGUAGCCACCUCCAUUUACGAUAAUUUUAUACACUAAUUUACAGUAAUAUGUAUAUUGGGUUACUAUAGCACAUGGGGAUAUUUACCGUAAUGUUAUAGUAAACCACUUAAGGAGUUACUAUAAUCUUGUAAA